CGCACACCUUCGCUUUGCCCUUCCCCGCUUUCUUCCUUUCAUCCAUCGAGACAUCCUACCGACGAAGCCCUCAGCCCUUAGCCCUCGGCCCCUUUGCUCUCACGCAUCCACGCUCGCACAUGUCGUCGCAAACGCAGACGCAGACGCCGGCCACGGCCAUGAACCCGGGCAAAAAGUAUCGACCAUUCACCCCCAUCGACUUGCCCAACCGACAAUGGCCCUCCCGUAUCCAGAAGACAUCGCCCAUCUGGACGUCCGUCGACCUCCGCGACGGCAAUCAGGCUCUCGUCAACCCAAUGUCAGGCACACAGAAGUUGCGCUUCUUCCAGAAAUUGGUACAAGUGGGAUUCAAGGAGAUUGAAGUGUCCUUCCCCUCGAGCGGAGAGACGGACUUUAACUUCACGCGAGAGAUUAUCGAGAAGGGGAUGAUCCCGGACGAUGUGUGGAUUCAGGUCCUUACUCCCGCGCGACCUGAGCUUAUUCGCAAGACGUUCGAGUGCAUCAAGGGAGCUAAGAAGGUCAUUCUGCACAUGUACAACGCCACAUCCCCCCUCUUCCGCACCGUCGUCUUCGGCAACUCCCAAGACAAGACCAUCGACCUCGCCGUCACCCACACCAAGCUCGUCACCGAACUCAUGGACGAGUACUCCCGCCCAGAGAAUGGAGGUACCCAGUUCCGCUACGAGUAUAGCCCGGAGACCUUCUCUCAAACCGAACCCGACUUUGCUCUCCGCGUCUGCGAGGCAGUCCGAGAGGCGUACGGGCGUAGCUCCCCACAGAACAAGAUCAUCUUCAAUCUCCCCGCGACAGUCGAGGUUGGUCCCCCUAACCACUACGCAGACAUGAUCGAAUACUUUUGCACACACAUCUCCCACCGAGACCACAUUACCGUCUCCCUCCACCCGCACAACGAUCGCGGUUGCGCAGUCGCUGCCGUCGAGCUUGGCCUCCUCGCGGGGGCGGACCGCGUGGAAGGCUGCCUCUUUGGAAACGGCGAGCGAACGGGCAAUGUCGACAUUGUGACUCUGGCCCUCAACUGCUACUCGCAGGGAAUCGCACCGGGCCCACUCGACUUGAGCGAUGUGCAGGGCAUCGUCGACGUCGUGAGCGGGUGCAAUGAUAUCGCUGUUCACCCGCGUCACCCCUAUGCUGGUGAGCUCGUCUUCACGGCCUUCUCCGGCAGCCAUCAGGACGCCAUCAAGAAGGGCUUCAAAGCGCAGGAGGAGCGAGCGGCCAAGGGGGACUUGACGUGGGAUAUCCCUUACCUGCCCAUCGACCCGGCCGAUGUCGGGUGCAGCUACGAGGCCAUCAUUCGCGUCAACUCGCAGAGCGGUAAGGGUGGGAUUGCAUACCUCGUUGCGCAGAGUCUUGGGUUGGACCUGCCGAGAAAGAUGCAGAUGGCCUUCUAUUCCAUCAUUCAGGAGGUGGCCGAUCGCACCAGCAAGGAGAUGGUCACCGAGGACAUCACGCGCGCCUUCUGCCAGACGUAUCACGUCCCUCACCUCACCCUCGGCAAGAACGAGGGUCGUUUGACCCUCAAAUCCUUCUCCCUCGCCGACGAUGUCCCGCCCGGUGUCGCCGCCGCCGCCACCUCCAAUGGCGACGGAUCUGAAACCCCGCGCUAUCGCCGUUUGGAAGGUCUCGUCUCUCUCGACGGCAAGACGCCCACCCAGGUCACGGGAAGGGGUAAUGGAGCCCUCAGUGCUAUGUGUGACGCCCUCUCCUCUGCCUUUGGCAUCCAGGCCAGCAUCCGCGAGUACUCGGAGCACGCCAUUACCCGACCAGGCAUCGGAGCCGCCGGUGCACCAGACGCGCGCGUUAAGCUCACACGCUCCCAGGCAGCGUCGUAUGUGGAGCUCGUCGAUGCGGGUGCGAGCGAGGGAGAGGCGACAGGAUUGCCGCAAAAGGCAAAGGGAUUCUGGGGUGUGGGAAUCGAUACAGACGUGACCGCUGCGGGACUCAAGGCGAUUUUGAGUGCGGCGAGCAACUUGAUGCAGCCACAGGCCAUUGUCGAGCAGGCGGCCGCUGCGGUCGAGGCUGCGGCCAAGUAGGCGCGAGAAGCGUGAGGUGCGCGGCGCGAG